CUUAAAAUAGGAAGUUCACAAACAAAAUAAUUCAAUCAGACCGUAUAAUGUAACCUAAUUUAUACAGCAAACCAACCGAAUCUAACUAAGCAGUUUAAAUUUAAAUUUAUUUUUUACAUUGUAUUUAAUUUUUUUCUGCUAUUGCAUUAUUAUAUUUAGUUAUUACUUAGUUUUAAUCGGUCAAGUAAUCAGUGAUCAAAUGUCUAAACUUAAAAUGUGUAAUGUGGAUGAAUGUGCUCAAUAUUGUUUGAAUUUAUUCGAAAAUCUUCCAAAAAGUGGGAAGCCCACAGAAAAUGAAUGGACUGUGUUGUCAUGUGUUCUGCAAUAUGACAGUAAUAUAGAUAAACUGGACGUGGUUUCCUUGGGCACUGGGUCCAAAUGUAUUGGAGCUUCAAAAAUGUCUCCAUCAGGUGAUAUCUUAAAUGACAGUCACGCUGAAGUCAUCGCUAGACGAGGAUUUUUACUCUAUGUUUAUGAUAAUAUUGAUAAAACUUUACAGAAUAAAAAUUCAAUAUUUAUUAGGGAAUGUAAUAGGUUUAUGUUGAAAGACAAUAUACAUUUUAUAUUUUUUUCAUCACAGUUGCCUUGUGGAGAUGCUUCUAUAUUUCCUAAAAGUGAGGAAGAACAAUAUGGUGAUAUUUUACAGAAUAAUAAACGUAAAGCAGACAAUGAUGAAUCUGAAAUAGAAGAGAAAAGAUCUACAUUGAGUGAUAUUCAUAGAACAGGUGCGAAGUGCCUUCCACAAAAUGAGCAGGAUGGUAGAGGAUGUGGAGUUCAGUAUCAUUUGCUAGGGCAAGUGCGCACAAAGCCUGGCAGAGGAGAUAGGACUUUAUCAGUAUCUUGUAGUGACAAAAUGGCUAAAUGGAUUCACAUGGGGCUCCAAGGCAGACUAUUGGACUUGUUUUUAGUUGAACCUAUUUUUAUUACUAGAUUUAUAUUUGGUAGUGGAGUUCCUUAUUCAGAAGAGUCUUUGAAUAGAGCACUACUGAAAAGAGAUCCUAAACAAUCUGUUAUAGCUAAAUUUGUACCAGAAUUUGUCCAGACAUCUGUCAUAUUUCCACAUGUAAAAUCAGAGAAAACUGUAAGGCCCGCAGCAGGAAGCAUUAUUUGGACAAAAGCUAGAGAUGGGUUAUCAGAAGUUGCUGUGCAAGGAAGAAGACAAGGUGUCACCAAGAAAAAAGCAAUAUCAUUAAGUUGUUCACUAAGUAUAAGCAAAUACAACAUGUAUAGGAAAUUCCAAGACAUAUUAUGUAAAGAUGAGCAUCUGCGUGAAAGUAUUGCCAGUAACAUUGACAUUCCAUAUAAUACAAUGAAAGAAAAAGCAACAAGAUAUGAUAAGAACUGGCAGUUUGUUAAAAGUAUUUUUUUUAAAACAUGGACCAUUAAGCCUGAUAUCUGGGAUUUUAGAGUGAAUGUUAUAUGAGCAAUAUGUUAUAUGACGUACCCCGGAAAGGACCUCCGGCGCACAAUGAUCUGACGUAAUAUGUAUGCAGGUAUAAGCGCAUUAAGGGUUAAGUAGAACAAAUGGGUGCAUGUCAAACUACGCCCACGAACAAUACGGAAGAUUAAGUGCUUAUUAGUUAUUGAUUACGGGUUAUUUUGUGCCUCUGUAAUGCACUGCCUCACAAGAACUCGCGUUGUUAG